UUUAAGGAUGAUAUACCUUGGAUGUUUCCUGUUGCUCUGUGGGCUUACGCAUGUCAUGGCAAGCUAUCCUAUCUGGUGGUCACUAGCAGUCGGCCACCAGUACUCAUCACUGGGCACUCAACCUAUCCUUUGUGGCAGCAUACCAGGCCUAGUGCCCAAGCAGCUGCGUUUCUGCCGGAACUAUGUGGAAAUCAUGCCGAGUGUGGCUGAGGGGGUGAAGAUUGGCAUCCAGGAGUGUCAGCACCAGUUCAGAGGCCGACGCUGGAACUGCACCACGAUCAAUGACAGUCUGGCCAUUUUUGGUCCAGUGUUAGAUAAAGCCACUCGAGAGUCAGCUUUUGUUCACGCUAUUGCCUCAGCGGGAGUGGCGUUUGCGGUGACCCGUGCCUGCGCCGAGGGUUCAGCCAACAUCUGUGGAUGUGAUACACGUCACAAAGGCCCCCCUGGUGAGGGCUGGAAGUGGGGUGGCUGCAGUGAGGAUUUGGAGUUUGGAAGCAUGGUGUCCCGGGAGUUUGCUGAUGCAAGAGAGAAUCGGCCUGACGCACGCUCAGCAAUGAACCGCCAUAACAAUGAAGCAGGGAGAGUGUCUCUCAACGACAACAUGUUUCUGAAGUGUAAGUGCCAUGGACUCUCUGGCAGCUGCGAGGUCAAGACAUGCUGGUGGUCUCAGCCUGACUUCCGAGUUGUUGGGGACUACAUGAAGGACAAGUAUGACAGCGCUUCUGAGAUGGUGGUUGAGAAACAUAAGGAGUCCCGUGGAUGGGUGGAGACCCUGAGACCCAAGUACAACUACUUCAAACCCCCUACAGAGCGCGACCUGGUUUAUUAUGAAAGUUCACCCAAUUUCUGUGACCCCAAUCCUGAGACCGGCUCCUUUGGCACUCGGGAUCGCAUCUGCAACCUGACGUCCCACGGCAUAGACGGGUGUGACCUCUUGUGCUGCGGCAGAGGUCACAACACGAGGACUGAGAAAAGAAAGGAGAAGUGUCACUGUAUUUUCCACUGGUGCUGCUAUGUCAGCUGUCAAGAGUGCGUGAGGGUGUACGAUGUGCACACCUGCAAAUAGAGAGGUUUUUGUCUUUUCUCACCAAAACAUAAUGACUUCACUGGGUUGAAGAAGAAAUGCAGAUUCCCACCUGCAAGACCAGAGAGACUGUAAAGCUCUGUGACAUGUGCGCGGACAAAGACACAACUGCCUCGUGUUUUUGUUUUGAUGCUACAAAGAGUGAGUCUCUGCCUAAAUUAACUGAAACAGCUGAGUAGGUGUCAAAGUCCACGAACGUCACCCUGAUGGAUGGAUAGUUGUGAUGAUGGCAAUAAUGUUGAUAUCCUUACCGAGCAUGAAAAAGGUGUCCUGAUGUAGGAAAGGAGAACUUGACAAACACCAUAUUGGUGAUUUUUUUCCCAGUGUAGUUACUUUUAAUCAAGAAUAGUCCAGCACUACCAAUGCUUUCAAAUCUGCAAGGCAAAAAAAAAAAAACAUUUAAAAAAAGGCAUUUCGUUGAAAGUGAACGUUUCCUUCAGUGUGUAAUCAUCGCUUGUUUUUGCAGUGAAAAGUAACAAGAGUUGUGAGCAGGUCACAUGAUCAGACACUCAACAGCAUGUUUUCUCCUCCUCGACAUGACUACUUUAUUUGCGUAUUUUUGAACACUAACACGAUCAUUGUGUGCGUGAGUGUUUCUUUUACAAAGUGUUAUAUGUUACUGAUGUUUGGGUAAGAAUGCACUUGCACCUGAGUGAAUGUAGUUGUUUGCUGUGAUGUGUUUACAUUCUCAAUCUCUUAAGCUAACCAGUUAAUAUCUGCUUUAAACCACUAAUUUUAUUCGCGAGUAGAAAGGAAGCCACAUCCAACAAGCGUCGGCAAAACGAGAAUAUAGUACGCAGUCUGCACAUUUCCUGAAAGGCCAGAGAACACCUGGAUCAAAAAAACCAUCAAGAGUUAUGACCAAAGACCAGAAAAGAGCCUCCCCAUCCACCGCAUGAGGCUGUGAUAGUCAGUACCAUUGAUGAAUAUGAAGCAUGUUCUCCUUAUUCUUAACAGUAUUAGUGAUGUGCCACGUGACUCGGUGUGGGGAAAGCUGUUAUUUAUUAAAGGUGUAUUCCCAU